AUGGAUUUAAAAAGUCCUGCCACUUCGGAAGAAUUUUUUCAAGCUCUUAUUAUGUAUGACAAAUGGCAAGAAGAAGAAAAAAAUCAGGUGAGAGCUACCCUAUCUUUUGAUAAUCGUAGACAUAUAGCAACAACAACAACACAACAACCUUUCAUCCAACAAGAACCUUAUUCUUCGAUUCCACAACAGCAAUACAAUUCUCCGCAACACCAAUACAAUCCUCCGCAACAACAAUACAACAAUUCGUCACAACAACCACGACAUCAACAGCAUUACACAACACACGCUUCACAUCAACCUCAACAUAACAACAGGGGAGUAUGUGAUGGUCACACUUCCUUUCCACAAUCUCAUCCAUCACUUAUAAUAAUUGGAACAAUCGUUAAUGGUACAUUAAUUUAUGCGAUGCUUGAUACGGGAGCUACUACAUCACUUAUAUCACAAACUGAACUUGAUCUUAUUACACAUCCGCCAAUUCAACAAAUUCAAACAACAGCAGUACUUGGUGAUGGAAAAACCAAAAUAAUAGUUAGCGGUGCAGUUGAAUUAACUAUUACUAUCAAUGAUAUUGCUACCAUCAUUACAGCUCUGAUUGUCGAUUCAUUAGGUGCAAAUUUAAUUCUUGGUAUGGACUGGUGCAAAUCAAAUAAUGUGAACGUGAAUAUCGGGUCAGUCGAUGUCCGUCUCGCUGAAUGCAUCACUUUAUUACCACAUCAUGAGCAUAUAGUCAAAAUGUAUGUACCGAUUUCAUCUGCUAAUCUUGUUUCUUUUUUACCAGAUAUUAAAAAAUGUUCUAAGUUAAAUGUUCAAGUAUCUGAUGCUUUUGUUGAAAUAAAAGAUUUCUUAUUUUAUGUUUGCAUUUAUAAUCCUAACAAAAAUAUCUACAAAUUAGCUAGUACUAUAAAACUUGGAUCAGUAUACUAUCAGUCAAAUGAUGAAAUGAUGUACAGCAUAUUAAACCCAUAUAAGCAAUCAAGUAUGACAGAACAUAGUACUCACCUGAAUUCGAUACAAACAAAUGAACAACAAGAAUCAUCAAAAUCAUCAUUACUCGAAAAUACUCUUCGAUAA